CAGCUACCGACCUAAUUCCCAUACCUACGGCAAAUUUAGAAUUGAUAGAGGCAAGGAAGGGGUAGAAGCUAAAAGCAUCAAAAUUGAGAUUGAAAUCCAUGACGACGAGUUCGGCACUCAAGCAUUUCUUUUCUUCCGAUCGACCCUGACACGAAUUGCCCCUUACCUAGGCAGUUUUACGAUUAAAAAUUCUGGCAGACAUUAUUUUUGAAGUCGGAAGCCUUAUUUGCCAAACCCAGCGCCACACAGUCAGAAAUGAAUACAUGAUCUUUUAUUUUUUGAUUUGUUGCCGCUUUUUUCUACUCGGUACCUCCGCCCUGAUCGACCGAACAUACAACAAAACUGUCCGUUUCUUGCGCCCUUGGGACACUGACGGGUCUGCGCCGACCUCACCAUUAACCGACAGCGCCGCAUCCUAUGCAACUCAGUGACGCAACAAGUUCAUUUUCACUCUCAACUCGACCCAAAGAAUUUUUCCCUAUCCGGACCUACGAAAUCGCCAUUUCAAUCGACGCCCGCCGAACACGGGAUUGUUUGACAUCGAUCAUCGCAAACUGCGCAGGUUCACCGCCCGGCGGGGGUGUUCAAGGGAAAGAGUGCGCUUUACUCUUAAUAGACUAUAUUGCGACAUUGCAUCCUUGGUGCGACAUUGAUCCCUGAGGCGAAUCGCGACCCUCCUUCGAACCCGGUCACUCCCCGCCAAGUGACAAAUACCGCCGCCAUACACACAUUACCUAUCGGGGCCGAUUCGGCAGAGCUUGUGUUGGCAGGAGUCUUUGGAUGCGCGACCUAUGGGCAACCAAGCCCGCCGCCGGGUACCCACUUCAUCGGAUGAGAUAUUCUUACAGAGUCAGGGUUGUCGUCUGAGCCUACUCCAGCACCCACGCCUCUUGGGGCAAAGACCAAUCCCUAGGGUCUUGUCAUAUAGCGGUACAUGUCGCUCCCAAAACCUGGUGGAGUCGACCAGUCACUAGGCUCUGAGCCAUUCGUGGAGAUCCUCGGCCAAGCCAUAACUGCGACAUGAACAACAAUUAUUACGGUACGCAGCUCACCGCUGAGCAGCUGCAGCGUCAACAACUCGCCAAUCAGCAACACCAGCGCCAACAGCGACAGCAACGGCACCAUCAACAGCAGCAGCAGCAGCAGCAACAGCAACAGCAUCGUCAGCAGCAGCACCAGCAGCACCAGCAGCGACAACAAUACCAGAAUGCCGGACAAGUUGGGGGCGGGUCGUCGAUGGGCCAAGACGACCCAAUGUCUGCCAUAACAGACUCCCCGAUGUUGGACGGGGACUCAUUAGACGAUAUCAUUCGCGAAAAUACCCACGAACUUCAAAGGCGACGGAGCAUUACCCAUCCGUAUUCUCCACAAGCUUUAGAGUCUGAUGGGCGGCGUCUUUCGAUGUUGGAAUUCGGCAACAACAAUGAUGCUUUCAACUAUCAUUUUGGAAAUAUGAACUCCCUACAAGACAACCCGAUGGGAAAUGGCUUCAACGCCAUGGGAAACUCGGCCAUGGGCAACAUGGGAUUGUCAAACACAGCUACUGGUCAAUACGACCACCAAGGAAAUACCAAUAUGGGUAUGAUGGGCAUGUCUGACUCGAACGACUUCUCAACCCUGUCGCCCGAGAUGCUCGGAAACAUGGUUGCCUUCUCAUCCUUGAAUAUGAACCCCGUGACAACGAGCCCGACAAGUAUGGGUCCGAUGUUUUCAUCGGGGCAACUCGGGGAUCAAUACAUGACCAAUACGAUUUCAAUGGAUAAUAUGGGCACUGAUAGGUUUGGCAUGAACAUGCUGCCAGACCCCCUUUCGGCCACUAACGACACAAGAAGAAUGAUGAGUACGCAGGACGACGACUCGGAGAUGCUCAACUCCGGACAGAAUUUUAAUUCAAAUACUGGCCAGGCCCCGGAUGGAGCCCAUAUGCAAGCAGCUAUGAACAUGCAAGGCCCAGCGCCGCCCAUACCGAUCAAAAACACACAACAGGUGCCCGCCGGGCCACAUGGAGGUCCUGAUGUGUCUCCAGCCAGAGAUGCCACAGCACUUUCAACCCCGCCGUCGAAUAUAGGGCCGUCAACAACACCAUCCGGCGGGGUAUCAAAACCCAAGAGUAUAUACUCAAAGACAGGAUUCGACAUGGUUCGGGCGUUGUACAUGGUUGCAACCAGAAAAAAUCCUCAAAUCAACCUCGGGGCCGUCGACAUGUCAUGCGCAUUUGUGGUUUCUGAUAUCAACUUACCCGACUGUCCUAUCAUCUAUGUCUCAAGCAAUUUCCAGAACCUCACAGGGUACAGCGAGCAUGAAAUCAUUGGCAAGAACUGCCGUUUUCUACAAGCUCCAGAUGGGCAGGUGGAAGCGGGGGUAAAGAGGGAGUUUGUCGCGGAUGACGCUGUCUUCAGUCUCAAAAAGGCCAUUGCCGAACGCAAGGAGAUUCAGCAGAGUCUGAUCAACUACCGCAAAGGUGGCAAGCCGUUCCUUAACCUGCUCACUAUGAUUCCAAUCCCGUGGGAGGAGCAGGAGCUCCGUUAUUAUAUUGGUUUCCAGAUCGACGUUGUAGAGUGCCCGGAUGCUAUCGCUCAGCAAGAGUUUGGCGGGCAGAUGCAGAUCAACUAUAGGCAUAUGGAGAUGGGUCAGUACAUAUGGACUGGCCCGCCUCUGGGGACCGAUGCAACGUUGGCGCCGGAGCAAGACAGCAGUCAAACACUCUCCGCCGACGACGUCUCGGGGCUGCUGCGGCAGGCUAAGCCCCAAGGUCUGGCCUCUGACUGGCACCGCCAAUCCUGGGACAAGAUGCUUCUCGAAAACUCGGACGAUGUCGUACACGUUUUGUCGCUCAAGGGAACAUUUCUUUACCUUUCACCAUCGUGCAAGAAGGUACUUGGGUACGACGCGGCUGAGCUUGUGGGACCCAAUACGCAGGGAACAGGGCUCAUGUCAAUAUGUCAUCCUUCAGACCUGAUACCUGUUAUGAGGGAGCUCAAGGAUGCAACACCGACGAACCCGAUCGUGAACACAGUCUAUCGUAUCUCUCGAAAAAAGACAGGAUACACAUGGUUCGAGAGCCACGGUACCCUAUGUGUUGAGCCCGGUAAAGGCCGGAAGUUUAUCAUUCUGGUUGGACGCAAGCGCCCCGUCUAUCACCUGAGCAAAAAAGACGUCGAGGCAAAUGGCGGCAUUGGUGACAGCGAAUUGUGGACCAAGCUAUCCGUCUCGGGCAUGUUCCUGUUUGUAUCGUCUCAUGUCCGGUCUUUGCUCGACUUGCAACCUCAAGAUCUCGUGGGCACAAGCAUACAGGAUCUCAUGCGGAAAGAGUCUAGGGCAGAGUUCGGGCGCACAAUCGAGAAGGCCCGCAAGGGUAAGAUCGUGACUUGCAAGCAUGAGGUCCAAAAUCGCAGAGGCCAGGUAUUACAGGCGAGCACGACUCUAUACCCUGGUGACACACCUGUAGGCCAAAGACCUACCUUCAUCUUGGCACAAACAAAGCUGGUAAAGGCUUCGUCGAGGUCAAGUGCCUCGGCAGCUAGCGGCAAAAAAUCCCAGCAAAACGCAGUCAGUUCCGAGUCGAGUAUGGCGGAAGGAAAUGUGCCACCGACAGACAGGUCGGUGUCCACAGAUGCACUCUCGAGUGCAGUGUCCAAGGACAGAACAUCUGCUUCAUCGAGCAAGGGCCCAGAGAGCACUACAACUAUUAGCGAUCAAGCACCUACGGGACUGCCCCUCAAUUACCCCAAGCCUGACGACAAUAUCUUCGUGGAGUUGGGGCCGACACGCUGCACAAGCUGGCAGUACGAGCUGCGCCAGAUGGAGAAGGACAACCGGCUUUUGGCCGAGGAGCUAGGUCAGCUUCUCUCCAACAAGAAGAAGCGGAAACGACGAAGAAGCGCAGGAUUGGUGCGCGACUGCGCCAACUGUCAUACACGGAGCACGCCAGAGUGGCGCAGGGGGCCGAGCGGACAACGUGAUCUAUGCAACAGCUGCGGCCUUAGAUGGGCCAAACAAGUUGGCCGAGUAUCACCUCGUACGUCAUCUAGAGGAGGCGGAACCAAGGAUGACUCGAACAGUAGGAAGUCAAAUUCCCCUUCACAUCAAUCGCCGCUGCAGCGAGAAUUUUCCUCGGAUGGAAACGCGGCAAACAACUCUCCGUCUUCGAAUCAAGCUGUAGUCGCGUCAGCCUCGGACGCCGCGGACGCAGGAUCAAGCGCCGGUGUGACUCCCACCAUCGGUGUUUCUCAAGGCUCUAUGCCGCCGCAAAGCCAGCCUCUUCUGGAGGGUGGCAGCGGGUACCGCGGCGGCGGCAUGGAGAUGACGUCGAUUUGCGAGGAGUAGGACAUCCUGUUCAACAUGAUGCUUCUAUCUUACUCGGCUCCGGUUUCUUCAGGACUAUCGGAGACAGCGGUGACGGCCACCCUCAAUUCAUUGGCCACUGCUCACCAACCAUGAUUUGAUAGGUUGGUGUGAGUUGUCUGGUACUUUUUUUUUUGACAAAACAAACUCGAAGAUAUCAAACACGAAACACAAGGGUUUGCGUAUUUGAUUCCUUUUUUGCCUUGGAAUAAUCCCUCCGUCCGUCGUCUGGGCUCAGCUAGAAUUACAGCGUAUCGUCAGACCUAUGAUGGAAAGCAUGCGUGGAUGGCUUGAGCCGUCAUUUUCUCGCUCGCGGCUUAUCCCGAAUAUACGAAGGCCAGUAUUGGGUCAUUUACAUUACUUCCUGGUAAUAUCUUUCUUGUUUUCGGGUACAAAUACCAUAGAGGAUUCGAGGCUGUCUUUUUUUUCUUUUUUCUUGCUACAAUAUAUUAUCACCAUAAUGCCCACAUCCAGAGGCGUAUGGUUGGCUUUUAGGCCAUGUGUUCGGAGCUCGGUAUAUACCCAUCUAGUCCAUAAACAAGCUGUUAUCGUUUUACUUUUUUUAUUGUGUUUUUCUUUUACAGCAUGAGCGCUUCUAAGGACACGGGAGUGCGAGGAGAGUGUACAUUUUGAUAGCGCCGGACGGGAAUGCAAAGCGGGGUGGUUCAUGGACUUUGGGAGGGUCAUCCUCUUUUUGCUCUCGAUCUUUAUUUUCUCGUCUAUAAGACGAUUCACGGUUGCAGAGGUUGGUUGGCGUAAUCUUGGUAUGGCUUGGGCUGAAAAUCUGUUCCACAAGACAAGCUAUGAAAUAUUUUGCAUAAAAUGAUGAUAUCAUACCCUCG